AAAAUGCCGUGUUUGGGAAAGAUUCGAGGAAAUGAAACCCUCGUAAAGAUGCAUUUCUUGUUAAUUGUGGGCUUUUCGUCAUUAAUGAUGUGAUCCGACUAAACGUUUACUGCUUUGGGUUAAGGUAAGGGACUGGAGGAACAUCAGGUGAGGAAUGUGGAGAAGAAUGACUAUCGUGUGACGUGUGUGUCCGACUGAAAGAUGGCAGAGUUCCGGGUUGGAAAUCUAUUUUUUACUGGCAAUUUUGACUCUGGAAAUUUGGCAAGGGUGGAGAAAGUUGUCAGGUCCGGAGAUGAUGAAGAGAAUGUUAUCACAGGGAAUUUUUACAUGGAUGUCAAGCCUGACUAUGAGGUGAAUGUGUGGACCAACCCAGACUGUGCGGGGACUCCGUAUGAAAAUGGGAAUAGAUCCUGGUUCUACUUUGGGGUCAGAGGAUACACUCCCUCCAAAGUCAUCAAAAUCAAUAUCAUGAACAUGAAUCGACAAGGCAAGCUAUACAGCCAGGGCCAUUCCCCAUUCACAAAGACUGUGCCAGGGAAGCCUCGCUGGGAACGAACUAGAGACAGACCCUCUUGGGAGACUGUAGACGGACAAUUUAUUCUUUCCUUUACACAUCGUUUUCUGGAAUUCCGUGGUGCAACAACUUUCUUCGCUUUUUGUUACCCGUGGUCGUACACUGAAAGUCAAGAGCAGCUUGUGGAACUUGACAGGAAGUUUGAGUCCUGUAAAUCCUUGCCACAUAAUCCGCCAGAAGAUAAGAUCUACUACUGCAGAGAGCUGUUGUGUAAUUCUCUGCAGAAGCAGCGCAUUGAUUUGAUCACCAUUUCAUCUUGUCACGGAAUUCUGCCUGAAAGAGAACCUCAUUUCGACAAAAAUCUCUUCCCUGACAGACUUGCCCAACGCUGUCACAAGUUUCAGGGCAAACGGGUGUUUUUCCUAAGCAGCAGAGUUCAUCCUGGUGAGACACCUGCCAGCUUUGUGUUCAAUGGCUUUCUCAAGUUCAUUUUGAGAGAAGAUGAUAAAAGAGCUGCCCAGCUACGCAAAAUGUAUGUCUUCAAAUUGAUUCCCAUGUUGAACCCCGACGGAGUUACCAAUGGGCACUACAGGACAGACACCCGUGGCUUGAAUCUAAACAGGCAGUACCAAGAUCCCGAUAACAAGAUGCAGCCCUCUAUAUAUGCUGCUAAAAGUAUCAUUGUUUACCAUCACAUUGUGUCCAGAGUGAGAACAAAUAAAGCACUGCCAAAGUGGACCCUUAAGUUUCCUGGUGGGCACAUUGUAUCAGUCGAAGCUGAGAAAAACUCUACCUCAAACAGUGCUGAAAAACUGAAUGAAGUGAAAGUGUGUGAAAGAAAUACAUUUCUGUGUGAAAGUACAUGUACAUCGGAUUCAGCAGAUGUAAACUAUAACGCACAUUCAGGAGAUGCGGGUAUUUGUAACUGGGACAUCAACGAGGGCCCAUUGGAGGGUAUCCCACUGUCAAGGUGUGAGCAGGAUGGUUUUAAUGCUGUGCAGCAGCAGCCUGCUAAGGCCAGGCUUGUCGUUGAGCCUCUAGAUUUGUCGGGCCUUCAGUCGUCUGUGGAGACUUUUGCCCCUGCUGGCAAGGGCAAUAACUCUCACUUCUCUUCCUCAGACAGUAGUAUCCUCAGUGCUAAGGCCUCCUGUCGUGUACCAGGCCUGAACUGUGCGGUAGUUGCCCAGAUGGCUAGCCUGAGCGUGCUGGAGAAGAAUCCCUUACAUCUGUCCCUGAAUAAACUGGAUUCUGACAGUGAGGAGGAGCGAAUAGGCAACGAGGGAUCAGAUGAAGAUGGAGACCAUGCGGUUAAAUCAGACAGUUGUAUAUUUGCUCCGCAUUUGUGUGAUCCUAACCUAUUGACGAUCCCCCCAGACCAGAGUGGUAUUGCCUUCUAUGUCGACCUGCACGGCCAUGCCUCUAAGAGGGGCUGCUUUAUCUAUGGUAACUACCUGGAGAAUGAGGAUCAACAGGUGGAUAACAUGCUAUACCCAAAGCUGAUCUCGAUGAACACUGCCCACUUUGAUUUCACGGGAUGUAACUUCACAGAGAGGAACAUGUAUGCGCGUGACAAACGGGAUGGAAUGUCGAAGGAGGGCAGUGGACGGGUGGCAGUGCACAAGAACAUAGGUCUUAUUCACAGCUACACACUUGAGUGCAACUACAACACAGGCAGGAUGGUGAACUCUGUGCCCCCAGCAUACGGAGAUAAUGGGCGGGCCACUCCUCCACCCAUGGCUGCCUUCCCACCCAAAUACACCACAGCUUUAUACGAGGAUGUGGGUAAGGCGUUGGCUGUGGCUGCCUUGGACAUAAGGGAUGCUAACCCAUGGUCCCGUGUGACGCUGUCUGAACACUCCAGUUUGCAGGGUGUGCGUGAUGCGGUCAGGAGGUACCUGAGGGGCAUACGAGGAGGGCCUCGUUUCCCUAGGAACCCUACCAAGACAGUGACCAGAACAACCAGCUUGCCUAACACAAAUUUGCAGACAGCCUCGUCAAAACCCUCCUCACAACCCUCCUCAAGUACAACACCAGCCAAAGGUACCCCAGUGAGAAGAGCAUCGCUCACCAACAGCCCUGUCAAGAGGGAACCAGGCCCUGUCCAGAGGGAACUAGGCCCUGUCCGGGAAGUGAAUCGUCCCACUGCAAGCACUCGGAGAAGAAUGACUGUGCCCAACUGUGCUGCCAAAGUUCAGCCUAAAGCUCCGUUAAUGGCCACCAAAAGUGCACCAGUAGCGACGCAUAUAAACACGUCAGUGCCCUUAGCCCUGACCUCUAUGACCUCGGAACAAACUGUGUAUCACACCUCUUCCCAUGGCAUUGAGGAAGACAGACUACGAUCCAUAAAGAUGACAGUUUCAACUCGUCAGAAGUCCUCCAGCCGUAUACCCAUCCUAGUGAAUCGCUCAGUCCUUCAGUUAGCAGACACUUGCUGUUUAGAAGGAGUAUCCUCACAGAUCAACAGAUACCCAGAGAGAUUACAUUACCACACUAUCAAACCGUUAUCUCCAAACAAACAUGCUCAGAUCCUGUACCAUCCAGCUCCACCUGCCAACACAGACCUACUGCCCUUCCAUGAACCACCAGGCUGUACCAAUGGUCAGUGUAAGGAGAAGCGCCUCAAGCUUGAUGCCACCCUUAGCCUGUCAGCCCAACUACAGGCCACUCCUGAGCGCAAGAUAAGCGUGGAACCGCCAAAAACUGACCCACCCAGAAGGAAGACGCGCCGCUUGUCCCAACUCUUGAAGAAGCGCAGUGUUUCGCACAGUCCCAAAACCAACUCCUGGAAAGGAAGUUCCUCAAAGACAGGUAGUGGCAAUGAUAGUGAAACAGAGAAAAAACCUCGCCGGAGGAGAAAAAAGUCCAAGAGAAAGUCCUCACUCGCCUCCCCUUCUUCUGAUGAAAUAGGACCAGUACAACCACUGCCAGAGACCGUUCUACAAGGUUCAGGGCUGGUGCUCUCCGCAAGGAUUAUCCACUUGCCUGUGACACCUCAUCAGCUCCUCCGAUCUCUUUCUUCCCUUCCCAACUAAGUCCAGACGAGAGGAGUGCGGACUGCAGGAUGGUGCACAUAAGACUGAGCCCGGUUUGACUGAUUCUCCAGCAUUCCGACAUAGGACCGUGCCACUGGCCAGCCGGUUUAGCAUGUACUGGAUGGACCCUUGAUACUCUGAUACUCUGAUACUCUACACAUAUCAGUUUAACACUUGACAAGUAUUUUUGUCACUAAAUCAGUAUGAUCCCAGUUUUAUAGACGUAUUAGUAUAUUUUUUAAGACGGCGUGAUUCAGAAUAUGUAAAAUUUAUUAAAAUAGUAUUAAACAUAGUCCGACAUUUCUUGUGAAAGGUAAAGUUUUAUCAGAAUGUUCAGUAUAUCAUAAUUUAUAAUUUUAUAAAAUUGAUGUUAUAAGAUGGCUAGUAUUUUGAUUGUCCUUGUUUUAUAAAGGAUAACAGAUGUAGAUGCGUAUGUGCAUAGAAACACUGUCCACACCAGUGUUUGUUGUCAGGUGUUAAGUGAAGAGAUGGCUGUGUAUAUAUUUUAUUGUUUUUAGUCUACUUAUCCCAGUUUAGGUGCUUACCUCACCAAUCAGUCAUCUGCAGUCUGUACAUAUAUUUUCACAAUAACUCCAGAAAGUAUUUUGUUUGAUUACAGUAUUUUUAAAUUUAUGUUAGGGGAUAAUUUUUAAUUUUUUGGGGGGAUUUUUUUUUAAUAUUUCAUAGAUAAUAUUGACAUGGGUCUCACAGAUGGGUAUCACUGUGAGUGUAACAGUUUGUGCACAGAAUAUUAAAUGACUGAAAACUUUGCCGAGUAAAGUGCAAAACAUGUAAAUGUCAGAAAAUACUUCGUUUGGUGAUGAAACUCACAAUUUAAUAUUCAGUUGGAUACCUUCCUGUUAAGAUGAAUAAAACUGGUAGAAUCAGGCAAAAUGUUCAACUUGGUCAUGGACGAAAUUUGAGGCCAUUUACUGUAUUGAACACCUACAGUAAACUGAUAUAUAUGACAUUGUAACUGGUUGAAAGUAACAAGAAUUGGUGCACUUUGUGAAAUUUGUCCCAUGGUCCAUUUUCCUUAUUCUCACUCAGAGGUUUUGUUCCAUACUUGACAUCGACAAGUUUCUAUAGAACCCACCCAUGUUUAUGAAGAAAAAAGAGUCUUCUAUUUUGAGUUUUCACCAUAGUAUGGUUGAAAUAUUGCCUAUGUGACGUUAAGCCAUAAUCAUUCAUUCAUUCAUUCUACAUGUAUUUUGAAUUUUAUUGGAAUCGGUUACAGUCCUGAACGACUGUCAUACAUAGCAAA